ACAUACCCUUUGUAUAUCUAUUAUCUAUGCACACCAACACACUGUCACAUUCUAUUUCGAAGUACCAUACAUUUUUAAUUAUCUGCAAUUAAUCAAAUAAACAAAAUCCAAUUAUGGACUUGGAAGAUGAUCUUUGUGAGGAUUUUCAGGUAACUUUGCAGUUAACUGAAGAAGAUAGAAACAUUCAAAAGGGAAAUGAACACCAAAAAGCAAAUAUAUUUUUAAUAGACUCAAAUGAAGAAAAGGUUCAAGGAAAUGACACACCUGCAAUCACUUCAUUUAGUAAAGAGUUAAAAGAAACUGUAUGGGGCUCUGGAACAACAAGAGAGGAUAAACAAAAUAAUGGUGUAAUCAAACCAAUUUCCCCUAUUUCGUCGGGAACUGCAAUGGAUUUUUUUACAUUUCGUGAAAGUGUAAUUGAGCAUGCAGUUAAUGAAUGUAUGGAACAAUUUUUAGAUGUUAAAAGUGAUGGGACUUUAGUUUCUGCAUAUUUAAUCACAGAAGUAAGCUUAUGGAAUACUGAUAAGGAACGUUUGGUAUUGCUUACUACAAAAGCAGUUACUAUUGUAAAAUAUGAUUUCAUUGCUUUAAAAAGGCUAGAUUGCAGAAAAGUUCCUCUAAAUAGCAUUGAUACUGUAGAAAUUGGAGAACUUACUUAUCCCCCCACUUCGUUAGUUCCGCAGUUGCAAGGUUUAGUUGAUGGAUUUUCCAAUGUAAUUAAUAGAGUAUUCUUUGAACAUUGCUCUAAGCCAAAAGACACAAAAUUAUUCGACAUCUUUCAAUAUAGAAAGAGGAAUGCAAAAGGUAUACGGCUUUUAUGGAACAAGGGUAGACCUGUUAAUUUUAUUGAAAAAUGGAAUCCCUUAAAUAGUCACGUUCCUUUUGUAACUUUAACAUCUCACCCUUUACUAAAUUAUAAAGAAUGUACUGAUGAAAAUCGAAGAAGAAUGUAUGAUGUGGAUAACUUUAUAGAAGAAAUUUGCACUGCCAUUAAAAACCAACAACGAGAAAAUGAGGGCCUAGCAUGCAUAAUAACUCAUAAGGAUAUAAUGCUUGAUAAUUACGUUGGUCUUGGAUCUCUUAUUCACAAUCGAAACGCUUUAGGGUUUUUCAAAGUUAGAGGAAAGUUAAGCUUUUAAAAAGUAAUAUCAACGAAAUUAUUGUCUGAACCAACCUGGAAAAGAAUCUUUUAGAAAAGGUGUUAAAUAAUUUAACUCGAAGACCUUCCUAUUUAUUCAACUGAUAAAUAAUAAUAUCAUUCCUCCUUCUAAUCUGUGUAUUAUGUAUAGAUAAAUAUAACUAUUGCUUAUUCCUUGCAUUGAAAGUUUAUACGAUGCAAUAUACUGAUUACAUUUAUGUUGUUAGUUGGUAAGUUUGAUUUUAUUUUUUGCCAGAAUAUUCAGGCAAAUAGCUUCAUGUGCUAAAUUUUUGGUCUAAUACUUUAUCUACUGUGAUAAUUUAUGCUGUAAAAAGUUCAAAAUUUCUAGUCGAAUAUAUUAUCUAUUUAAUUUGACGGUAAAGUAUUAUUGUAUACACAUGACAAAGUAUUAUAUAGUAUUGGUAUACUCAAUAAAAUCCCAAACAUUA